AUGUCGUCGAUAGCUACUGAUGAAGAUAUCGUAGAUAGAUGGAUUGAAAUUGACGAUUCAAUCAGUGUUCCCGAGCAAACCCUCGAUGAGAUUCUUGCCGAUAAAAUCUUGGAUUUGGAUGAGGAGAUACUGUGUGGACUGGAUGAUGAGGAGUCACUAUUCACAUCGCCGCGACAGUCGAGCCCGACAUCAUCUAUUCCUUCCUAUACGUUGGACUCGCCCCUUCAUAUCAGAGAAUUAGAAUCCAUGACAUAUCAGUUGAAGACACGGAGCGAUAGUUUUGGAGGUCGUGCUAGAGCCUUGGCCGUUUCUAAUGCUAACGUUGCAGUCGGAACGAGUCGUGGAUUAGUACUGAUCUUUGACUGUGAAAAUCAAAGACUAGUUCAAUCAAUGACAACAGACGGUUGCCCAGUAUCGUGUCUUGACUUCAACAAAGCUAGUACACUUUUGGCCAUUGGUUAUGGUUCCGGUCUAAUACGUAUAUUUAAUGUUACUAUGGGUAAAGUAAUAGACAACGUCAGUGACGUAGUGCAACCUGGUCAAGGCGUACUGCAAAUUCUUUUUUGUGAAAGUGACAAAAGACUUGCUUGUCUUGAUAGUGGAGGUUCGGUUUAUGAACUAACAUUACCAACAACAGUUCGAUCACGGAAAACUCGCUGUGUUUUCUCCGGUUCUCAUGGAGAGGUCGUAUAUUUGAAAUUGUUGGACAGCGAUGUCUUAGCUCUCUUAUCACUCAAGAAAUUGUUUCUAGUAAGCUUGAAGAAGAUGUGUUUGAUAUAUGCUAUUUCAUUCAUUGGACCAGCCAAUCGCCCACCUUUAAUUGAUUGUCAGACAGUAAAUGUCAAGAAAACAUCAGAAAGUAAGAACACUGCUUUCUGUCUGGCACGUGGUUCGAGAGUUGAUUUCUAUUACUUAAAUUAUGAAUUUUCAAGUUUGCGAGUUCUGCAUUAUGGAGAAUUAUCGUUGGAUUUUGACAUGAUAAAUCUAAAGUGGAUAGAGUCAUGUUACUUGAUCGCCGUGGAUGAUGUUGAAAGGGUUCAUAUGAUCGAGACUAUGCAAGGAGAUAUUGCAAUGGAAAAUAUUCGCGAUAUACAACUAGCAUAUGCUACUGCUGAUUUCAAGGGCUUAUCUACUGGAGGUAAUGUAAGUGCUGCCUUGGAUUAUUUGGCUGAUUGCGUGUGUUACCAAUCUAUUUGUCGCGUUGAAAAAAUGAUAUUUCUUCUCGGCCAGUCUUCUAUUUAUAUGAUCUCCAUAAGAGACCGAAUAAUGCAAUUGGAAAACUUAGUUAACCGAGGACAAAUGGUGUCAGCGAUUCUUUUUGCUCUUGAUAUUGUUAUGGGCAGAGUCGUUAAUAAAAGGGAAGGACUAAAUUUGAGACAUGUCGUUUCUUCGCGAAUUCCUAGUCUUAUUCAGUCGUUGCUAGCUUUGACCAUAUCUGGUCCAGCCAAUGGAAAAGUGACACAACUUGUUGAUCACUAUAAAAAACAUAUCCAGCUCCUCAUACGGGCAUGUGUUGCUACCAGUCAAUUUGAUUUACUCUAUAAUACAGUGUACAGUUGCUUAGAAAGAGACACCCUUUCCAAGGCAAUAUUUUUCGACCUCAUCGAUGAAGUUGUAUUGGAUGGGCGAUUGGAAAACCCACCUCCUGCAUUAGUUUCGGAUUAUUUUCAUCAUUUGAUAUCAGAAGGAAAUUUAAACCAAUUUGAAGCAGCGGUAGUGCGUAUUCCAGUUGAGAAACAGGAUAUUCAUUUUGUGAUGACUACUUGCAGAAAAAAUAGACUUUAUGACGGCGUCAUAUAUGUUUACAAUAAGGCAAUGUCAGAUUAUAUAGGGCCACUUGAGGAGAUAUUUGAUAAUUUAGCAGAGCUUACCGAUUGUGAAAUGCUAUCAGACUGCGAAAUAGCGCUAGGAAAUAAGUUAUUAUUGUAUAUUCAGUGUUGCCUGUCGGCCAGAGCUUACCCAAUUGGAUCUUUGCCGGAAAAAGUUGCUGCAACUCUUCCCUUGCAAGUGUAUCGCUGCCUGAUUUCCUACAAAGGCAAGAAUGGCACAUCAGCUUCAAUUACAUAUCCAUAUUUACAACUGCUUAUUAAGUUUGACGCUGUUCAGUUCUUUAAUGUUAUAUUUACAUGUUCAGACAGUGAUAUUUUUAAUUCAGAAGACGGGAGAUUACAGAGAAUUACAGAAGUGGUGUAUCAAAUAAUUAAGUCGAUGGAUCAAAGUGCAGUACUCUUUAUCAAUUAUUUCACUCUUGUUGCUUAUCUGUUGCAGAAAAAAGCAAUUUUUCCAGCGCUUGGCACCAUCAAUGAGUUGAUUGAGAUGGUAUUAUCAUUUGGUGAGUCUGUUGAGCGGGUAGCAGACGCUGAGAGAUGUGUUGUGGAGGUAAUGAAAAUUGUGAAUGGUCUUGAUGAGAUGAAGAUAUUGCGACAAGCCAGAAAACUACCUCAAACAUUAUUGUUAGAACUACAAGGCGAUGAAUUAUCAAAUUUUUAUUCGUUUGUAUGGAAUUCCUUAAAGAGAUUCGCAAAAAUCGAUUACAAUCAGACAGCCGAAAUUAUUCUUGAUCACUUUAUGGAUUGGCUAUCCAAGGAAACAUUGGAAGACAGUGAUGCAUUAAUACUUUAUUAUUGCUUCUUAGCAAGGCGUGAUCGUGGAUAUCGGACUUUAACUGAUUCUGAGGAACGUGAUGAACAGCUUUUGAUUCUUGCUGUAAAGGAAGCUGUAGUACAUAAUUUAUUUGAAAAUCUAGACACGCAAUUAAGUGAGUUUCUGCGGUAUUGGCUAACGAUAGCAUCGAGAACAGAUCGAUGCUUGAAUUAUACAGUGAAAAAUGGAUUUAUUUUGUCAAGUGUGUUACUUUUGGAAGCUAGGAAACUUCUGGAAGGAGCUUUUGAACUGCUUGAAUAUGAACUUGAAAAAAGAUGGAUGAAAGAUGCAAUGCUUUCAUCGAAAUAUAUUUACGAAGCAAUUCGUUUGGCUAAUAUUUAUCAUGAAGAGGCUCGACAAGGAAGCUGGUUGUUCAAAAUACUGAGUAGAAUCCUUUCGCUUCCAGAAUCAGAACUUCAGGAGGAGCCAGGUGUGAUGGUGAUAUUAAACAACGUAAUCACUGCAAUUAUGGAAAGUGGAAGCAGUGAUGCAGAACGUUUGGUUGAUGCUUUAUUUACCCACCCAGUAUUUCGAUGUUCAACAUAUGCAAAUUUUCGUUCACUAAUAACGUUCAUGUUCUCAUCAUGUCGCUACGAGGAUGUAUUCUUGAAAGAAACCAUACGAUGUAUCGAGGGAGAAACUAUACAAAUGUUAAACGAUUUAAUAAAGCAAGCGACACGUCGUACUGCUGGCUUAAUCAAAUCGACUAUGUGCAUUAGUUGUGGGUGCUCACCAAGAAAAUCAUCAUAUCUAUAUAGUUGUGGCCACAUGGUUCAUAUGGAUUGUGAUUCCGAGAACAGUUCGCAUUAUUGUUUGUGUCAGAUAAAUGCCUUCAAUUGUUGUAAUAUUACAAACAAUUUGAUUUGCGGAUCCAGUCAAGUGACUCGAAAACCAGCGAGAGUUGAUAUCUUUUCAGAAGAGUCUCUGAAACUACUACUGGGACCACACAGACUGGAAUCUUAG